AUGGAUGAAAAAUAAGAAAAGAUUAAUCAAUUGUUAGAGAAUAAUAAACGUUAUUAUCCAACAGAUGGUAAAGGAAACAUAGAUGAGUGGGGAGCAGUAAUUAAGAGACAAGUUGAAGCCUUUGAACUUUAAAAAUAACUUUAAGAUAAGGUGAAAGUACAUUAGAUGCAAAAUUAUGGGUAAAAAUAAUAAUUAUGGUUUAUCUAUCAUUUUAGAUAAGAAUUAGAGAAAGAGCUGCAAUAGCAGGAAGAUAAAAAGAGAAUAUUAGAAAUGGAGAAAAUUGUUGAUAGAGAUAAUGUUUAGAAAGAAGCAUAGUAUGUUAAAAUGAUAGAGGAAGCAUAAAAAGAAUUGGAGAGGCAAAAAAAGCAGUCAAUGAGUGAAUAACUUAAGAUGACAAUUGAUUAGAAAAAUAAAGCUGUUUAAGAUAUGAGGAGAUAAGAGUAGUAACGUGAUUAUGAAAACAUUUAAAAUGCCCUUAGAUAAAAGGAGAUGUUGGACCAAGCAGAUCUUGAGAAACGUAGAAUGUAAAAAGAGCUUUUGCUAAUGGAUAACAACCAAUCUAGAAGAAUGAGAUAAAUUAAAGAUGAAUAGUAAAAAUACCUUGAUAUGGAAGCAGAAGAGAGGGCAAAAAAUAAUCUCACAUACUUUAGCGGUUACGAAUAAAGAUUGAAUGAGAAUCAGAUCAGAUUGAAGUAAUUUGAUGAAAAUCAAAGACGUAUUAGAGAAAAUUAUAAUUAAUAUGUAGCAAGCCCUCAAGCAAAUAAGCUAUCUUAGGAAGCUUUUAGAUAGAUGAGGGAUUAAUAGGAGAUUGAAACAAGAAAUAUGUCAUUGCAAUAAUAAGAGGAGAGAAAUAAAUAACUAAUCAAACUGUAGAAUUAAAAUAGUCUAAAUAUGUAAAUACUGUAAAAACAAUAAUUGAAUCAAGUAAAUGACAAAGAUAUUCUUGCUUAACAAAUGUCUAAUAGUACAAAUGUAGCAAAAUAAAUGGAAGAAGAGUAAGCAUUGCUAAAAAAAUAAAAAUAAGCUGCUUAUAAGGAGAUGCUUGAUUAGUAAAGUUCAAUCAAGAAUUAAAUUAGAACUCAUGGUAAUAUGACCGAAGUUGAGAAGCAAAUGAACAAAGAUGAUUUAAUAGCUUGGAAAAACUAUGAUAAUAAUCAGUAUUCUAUGAUUCCAGGUGUUUCAAAUUAAAAGAAAAUUCUUGAUAGAAGUUAGUUUGGAUAUGUAGGUAAGGAUGGAUCCUAAUAAGUUCAAAUGCUCAAUAUGAAAAGCCCGAUGAAAAAUCCUGACAAAUUCUAAGAGCACUAGGAAAGAAUGAAGUAGUAUGGGUUCUCAAGAGAUGUCAGAGAUGUAUACAGUAAUGUAAAUAAAGGAGCAAAUAACGCUUAUGGUAGCAGAGCUAAUCUUAACAAUAGUUUGAUCGUUGACUAACAGAAGAAUAGAUCAAAUUUCACGUCAUUAGGUAAUACUAAUAAAUCCUAGGAUUAAAUUGACUAUACUGCUGAUGAUCUUAGGGACGCAGGUCUUUAAUAAAAUAUAUUGUCAUAAAACAAUUCAAAAGAGCUUCUGUUGGAGAAAUAAAACAUUAAUUAUUCAGCUAAUUAAAUGAGCUCAAAUCGCAAUUCUCUUGUAUAAAAUCAAAGAUAAAAUAAUUUUGGAAAGGGUACUCCAAAUCUUCUUUAUCAUUAGUAUGACACCAUUUAAUAGCCAGAUUAUUAAUACAAUCAGGCUUCUAAUGGUAUAAUUGGAGGAGGUGGAUAAAUAAAUUCUCCUAUGUACUAAAAUAAUGGACACAUCUAAUCUCAAAUGAGAAGUUCAAGCAUAAAUGGCGGAAUCAAGCAAGCCAGAGACAGGUCGCUAAUAAACGCUGGAAACAGCAUUUUACUAUGA